AUGGCAUCAAUCAUGUCAUCGCGCCUUGUGCGCGUCUCUGCACCCCUUGCCCAUCUCCGCGCAACCGCGGUGCCUGCCCGGGUCUUCAUCUCGAGAUACAGCACCGACACCCAGCAAGACGUCAUCAAAACACAACAGAUCCCAGCCCCGGGUUCAGGACAUGUGCGCGUGCUCCAGCUGAACCGGCCUCAGGCCCGCAACGCGAUCUCAAGCCAACUGCUUGACUCACUAUCGAAGCACGUUGACGCCAUCGCCGCCGAAGGCGGCAAUGGCCCAACUCGUGCUCUGGUGAUCGCCAGUAAUUCCGAUGCGGCAUUCUGUGCCGGUGCAGAUUUGAAGGAACGCGCGGGCAUGUCGCAGGCCGAAACCGAAGAUUUCCUCCUCAAGCUGCGCUCCACUUUCAAAGACAUCGCCUCUCUUCAGAUCCCUACUAUCUCCUCCGUCUCCUCCAUGGCUUUGGGCGGUGGUCUCGAGCUCGCACUCUGCACCCAUCUCCGCGUUUUCGCCUCGUCCAGCGUCGUUGCCCUCCCCGAGACCCGCCUCGCCAUCAUUCCCGGUGCAGGUGGCACCUACCGACUACCUUCCGUGGUUGGUGUGAACCGCGCCCGGGACAUGAUUCUGACUGGUCGUCGGGUGACGGGCCCUGAGUCUUACUUCAUUGGUCUUUGUGACAGACUGGUCGAAGUGCUACCCGAAGAGGAGGGCCAGGAGGGAGUUGCCCGCGAAAGAACCUUGCGCGAGAGUAUCAAGCUGGCUCUGGAUAUCUGCGAGGGUGGUCCCAUUGCUAUCAAGAUGGCGCUGCAAGCCGUUGAUGCCCACACCCUGGGCGAGCGGGCGGAAAAUGCGGCUUAUGAGGGUGUUGUCGAGACAGACGAUCGGUACGAGGCGCUGCGCGCCUUUGUCGAAAAGCGGAAGCCUGCGUUCCGCGGUAGGUAA